AUGUACAAAAAUUCAUUUUUAAUUGUUGUCCUAACUGCCUCUUAUUAUGUACGAUUAAGUGAUGCUCAAUGUGCUAACGCUUUAGGACGUAAGUGCAUUCUAAAAAUUAUUUCUAUUUCAAAAAUGUUUUUUUUUAAUUUCAAAUUAAAAAAAAAUAUUAGUUUGUUCAAAUAAUUCUGUGCUCUUAAAUCCAAAAAAUUGUUUUAAGGAUAGGCACAGAAUUAGUUGAACAAUUUAAUGACUUGAAUUGUCAUAGUCAAAAUUGGGCCAAUGGGGACUCUAACGGGGCAACGGGAGAUGCAGGACAAGCCAAAAGAGAGGGUCGGGGUAUGGCAGGAGGAGUUGAAAAGCAAAGCAGGACAAGGUAGAGCUAGGUAAAAAAAUUUUAUUUCAUUGACAGGGGGAUCUCCAACUUUACCUAAGCUUUUGCUGUUUCCUCUCCCCCGCCGUUCAUCUUACCCCUUCUUCUCUGUCAUCUCUCCCUCUCUCUACCUACAAGUAGAAAUUUAAGCUUAAGUUUAGGCUUAAAUUAUAAAAAAUAAAAAAUUUUAGUCCAACCCGGACUUGUUUAUGUCAAAAAGUAUAAUCUUUUUCUAUCUCUAUGUUCAUCUUUGCUUACACUUUUACUUUGUGUUCUAUUUCAGCAUGUGUCGGUUCCCAAUGCCCAACGGAAACAGAAGCUGGCGCUUUAUACUCGUGCAUUGAUGACUAUUGUUGUAAGUUUUUAUUGUAAACUUUGUUUUUGUGAAGGGAUUACUGUAGUUUUGUAUAAAAUUUAUAGUUUUACUGUAGUUUUUAUGAUAAAAAUAGUUUUAGUGUAGUUCCUAUUGAUACCAGCUCAAAAAGACAAUCUCUUCGUUGGUUUAUAAAGGCAAAUCGAAAACGAAAACAUUGGGAGGAGUAAUUUUUUUUUGAAUUAGGGGUAGAUUUUUGUCAAUAAAAUUUUGAAAAAAAACAAAAAUUUUCGUUUUGUAAAGAAAAUUCUUGCAUUUCUAAUGUUAUUUUUGGACUUUUUGGCAAUCUGCAAGCUGGGGGUGACAAGUCAUACGAUGGAUAUAGAAAUGCUAUUUUUUGUAUUGUAAAGAAAGUUCUUGUAAUUUUUUGUAUUGUAAACAAAGUUCUUGCCAUUUUUUGAUUUGUAAAGAAAAUUCUUGCUAUUUUUUGUUCUGUAAAGAAAGUUCUUGCUAUUUUUAACAUCAUUUACUACAUUAAAACAACGUACAGUAACUUUAUCUGCCGUAAGAAAAAACACUUACAGUAAGCAAAAAAAAUACAGUAAGCUACAGAAAACUACAGUAAUCUAUCUCCUUCUUCUUUGCUCAAUUUUUCAUUUUUUAUCUUUUUUUAAAAUUAGGUCCUGAGGCUGGCGGAGUAACUGGAAGUAUGUGUUAUGACACUGCCAUCAACUGUCAAAUGUUCUUGGUGUACUGUAGAAAGCAGCCGUAUAUUCGUUGUAUGAUUGAUCACUGUUCGAAUUCGUGUGCUUAUUGUUAAGCAUAAGUUAAGAAGACUAUUAUCAACAAGAAAAUGAGUAUCACUACCGACAUAUCUAAAACAUAUACCAAUACCUGAUUAGUUUAUUGUACUUUUAAUACAAAUAAUAUUAUUGUAGUUUGAUAAUAAUAAUAAAUUAUGUAUUUACUAUGUUGUCCCAUCUCAUUUUUAAUGUAAUUUUUUGAUAAAAUUUUAAUUCCAAGCCUAAAAUCUUAGUUCAAGCCUAACAUUUAGCUUUUAGACUUUAAAUCUCAUUUUAAGCCCAAAAUUUAACUGUUAAGCCUAAAACCUUACUUUAAGCCUAAAAUUUUCCUUUAAACCUAAAAUUUUGAGGCUAAAAUUUUUAAAACUAUUUUUCAGCGUGUAUUGCCAAUGAAUGUCCAAACAUGCAAGAUGCCGGCCAAAACUAUGUUUGCAUACAGGAUACCUGUUGUAAGUUGUUUGUGUAACCCUCUCAGACAAUAUAUUACACGUUGUAAACCCAAAUUUGAGAUUACAUUUAUGUAUACUACAUAACUGUCAGUGUGUAUAUGUAUAUAUGUACCGUCACUUCUGUAGUAAAACAUAAUACAAGUUUAAUUUAUAAGUGUUACUUUUUAGGUCCACCAUCAUCAAGUAACUGCCAAGAUGGAGCCAUAAACUGCCAAAUGUUUACACAAGAAUGUAAGUUUCUUACGAUCUAUGUCUGUAUAAUCUUUGAGUAUAAUUACUUUACAUAGGCCUGCUAUUACUAGACCACGUAAGCCUGAUAUUAUUAGACCAACUUCAGCUUUUCUAAAUUUUAUUUGCACUUUUAGGUUUCACUCCAAUGUAUCAAGUGUGUAUGAAUCAGCACUGUCGACGAUCGUGUGGUAUUUGUCAGUAA